AUGCUUACGGACCUGCGAGAUGUAAAGGGAGAAAUUGAGGAGUUAAAAGAUCCCGGAUCAUUUUGUUUGUCCAGGUCAAAUACCUCCGAUAGUUUGAAUUCGCUUUCAAGUAUUACAUCCUCCACAGCUUCUACUGCUAGGGCCAAAAGUUAUUUCUGCGAUUACGAUGGCUGCAACAAGGCUUUUACACGACCUUCUUUGUUGACAGAACACCAGGAAGUUGUACAUCAAGGGAAGAAACGGUAUAUAUGCGACGAGUGUCACAGGUCAUUCUCAAAGAAGAGCCACCUGGAACGUCAUGUGUAUGUCCAUUCCCAGGAUAAGCCUCUUCACUGCUCGUCUUGCGGAAAAGGGUUUACCACUGGGCAGCAAUUAAGGAGGCAUGAGAUAACUCACACUAAAUCAUUCAAAUGCCCUUACGAUGAAUGCAACGAGUCCUUUUACAAACAUCCUCAACUGAGGUCCCACAUACUAGCGGUUCAUGAAAAGAAAUUGAGCUGCAAGAUUUGUAACAAGGAGUUCCAGAGGCCGUAUAGGCUCCAAAACCAUAUGGUAAAGCAUCAUAACCCAGUCCUAGAGAAUCCGUAUCAAUGUUCUUUUGCAAGUUGUGCCAAAAGUUUCAAGACGUGGUCUCAACUUCAGACCCAUGUCAAAAGUGACCAUCCAAAACUGCGAUGUCCCGUGUGUGAGAAACCUUGUGUCGGAGAGAGUGGUCUUCAAAUGCACAUGAAAGUACACGACGAGAGCUUGGUCACCAGGAACUGGAAAUGUCAAAUUUGUGAUAAUAUGUCUUUUGCAAGGAAAUCAUCUAUGUUAGAACACUACGCCCAAGAGCAUAUCGAGGAGCACGCUAAGUUGUUGGUAGAGCAAACCCGCUCAGUAGGAAUAAUUGACGAGCGAGAUUUCGAUAGAGCGACGGAGAUCUCUAAUCAACAGGUAAAGAGACGAAAAAUCAGUGAAAUGGGGCUGCUCAAGAGUCAAGCUAAACUGCACCAAUAUUUCGCAGAAGGUAAAGGAGGACUACACCUUUUAUUGAAUACAGUUGGGAGAAAAUUGAGGUGUCCUUAUGACAAAUGUUACAGAACCUUCAAAACCGAGGAGAAAUUUCAAAAGCACUUGGAUAAACAUAAGAUUCAUCAAUUGAAAUUGAAAGUUUUGAAAGAAAAAAUGGAAUCAUCUAGGAACGAAGCAAGUGCUGGUCACAGAGAAGACGAAGCUUUUGAUGAUUCACAAGUUGCAAAUGAUGAGAAGAAUGCGAAGCUGACAAAUAGUUAG